GGGGAAAAGUAAAGGGAAAACAAAGCAGGCACAACAAACAAAGUUUUCGAAUCGAAACGGAAGCAUUCGGAAAUCGGUCGUCGUUCGUGACAGUUCAGUUGUAAUAAUCUGCAGCAUGAAAGUAAUCCUGUGGGUUUGAACUUCAAGGGGAUCGAAAUUAAUUGCAAAAUUUGUAAGUGAUUGUGGAAAAAAAAGGUGAAUCAGCUGUGUGGGAUAAUCGUCGAGAUUCUGGAACCUUCUCGUUAUUGCCAUUUCUUCGCGAGCGAACUGACCCCGAGCGGAGCUUCUGCGACGACCUCGAACAAAGAACAAAGAAAGCGCGACUGCAGUUUGCACUGCCACACUGCCUUUUAGCCAUAUAGCCAUAUAUAACUGGCUCUAACCGGUGGUAACCAAAUUCGCAUUUGGUCAAAACCAGUUGCUGCAGCUGCCUAACGUCGCACUUCCGCUAGCCAAACAGGCAAUCGGGCUAACAGAGAACAAAGCCAGGCUUAGAGUGAAAAUGGAUGCCCAGGAGAACAGGAGCGGCCAGUCGGGCCAGUCAUCAUCCGGCCAGGAUGAGCUGGAGGAGCGGCGGAUGCGGACGGACAGCGAGAGUUCCGUGGACAGCAUGACGCGCUUUGUGCUGCCCAGUUUAGAUGGCACUCCGCCGAAGAUCGUGACCCUGGACGAGGUGUCCAGCAUGUUCAAGGACCUGCGCAACAUGGAGCUGGCCCACGAGAUAGCCAUCAAUCCGGACUUUAAGCUGCAGAAGUACGAACCGCCCUCGGAUAGCUUGGAGGGCGCCAUUAAGAAGAUGGUGCACAAGGCGUUCUGGGAUCUGCUGCGCCAACAGUUGGAGCGCCAGCCGCCGUCGUAUGACCAGGCCAUCCGGCUGCUGGCGGAGAUCAAGGAGUGCUUCCCCCAGCUGCUGUCGCCGAACAACGAACGGGCCUUGGCCCACAUCAAUGCGGUGCUGGAUGAUGCGGUAAUCCGUCAGCAGGCGGAGCGCGGAACCCUUGACUUUCGGUCGUAUGCCAACUUUGUGAUCAACAUCCUUUCGCGAUCCUGCUCACCAGCGAGGGACGAAGCGGUGGCCGCUCUGCGGGAGAUCGACGAUGUGGUGGACACGUUCCGCAGCAUUCUCGAGCUAAUGACCCUGAUGAAAAUGGAUAUGGCCAACUUUAUGCUGGCCCUGGCCCGCACCGAAAUUGCUGCCAAUUCGGUGCAGUACGAGAAGGAGAAAUUCAGCAAGUACUUGCGCGAGUUCCAUGGCAAUGCUGGCUUUCCGGCCACCGAGGACUGGUUGCAGCGUCAUCGCUCCGGCAGCAACAUGGAUGAGACCAUUUACAAUGCGUACAUGCAGCUGAUUGACUAUCCGGCAGACAAGGAGUUCCCCGAACUGCUGCGCAUCGACAAGGAGCGCUUUGCUGGGUUGAGUUGGCGAGCCCAACGUCUCAUCCUCUGCGCCUCGCUAAUCUCGAUUGCCCAGAGCACACCCAUCAUUUCGCAGCGUCGCGAGAAUCGCAUCAAGCUGUCCCAGCAGCUGGACAUCAUUGUGCAGGAUGUCAAGAACCAGGACCAAGUAGCCACUGCCAUUGAAAGCUGCUACGAGCAGAUUCGCUCUUUUGUGAACAAAGCCCUGGAGCAGGAGAAUAUGCCGGUGAUGAGCGAGGCCGACCAGGAGGGCCUCAAGAACCAGGUGCUCAAGCUGGCCAACAAGGCGUCGCCAGUGAACAGUUUAAUGGCCAAGCGAUUGGAUGGCUAUGUGCGGGUGACACUCCGCUCCAAUGGAAGUAUUCCGCCGCCGCCGGCAGGAUUCGUUGACUACCAGGAGGAGCUGGUUGCAUUUAUUGCCUCGUUCCGUCGGCUUGUGUCCUAUAAUCACGCCGUUUUCGGGGAGCACUUUCACAAGAUCCUUAACAAGGCGAUGGCAGCCGCAGCCGCCGCUGGAGAAGAGGAGGUCGCUCCAACAGCCAGUGGAAUCACCGCUGGCCAGGCUCAGACUGCCAAUCCUUAGGGUGGUUGAGAUGUUUCGUCUUAGGCAAUACAACCAAUAUUAGCAUACAACACUCAGAAACACCUGUUACAAAACAACCGGAAGAUGGAAAACGGUCUGAAUGUUGAGGCAAUGGAGGCAGCAUCUCCGUGGAAAUGGAAAAGGAA